ACCUAAAGGUAUGAGAAGCUGGGUCAUGUAGUCUAGCUUUUUGCCUGGGAAGAAGAGGAAAAUAUAUUUAGACGAACAACCAGAAAUCUAUUUCUAUUCUCUGGAAGAGCUUGUAUAAGAUAAGAAAUACUUGAAUCAUGGGUUUUUUUAAUUACUUGACCUAUUUUCUGGCUGCUGGUGCUGUCACUUUGGGAAUUGGUUUCUUUGCUUUGGCAUCAGCUUUGUGGUUCCUGAUUUGCAAACGAAGAGAAAUAUUUCAAAAUUCCAAAUUUACAGCAAUUGAUGAGAGAUGCAGGCAAAGACCAUCAAUGGCGAAGAUUAAAUCUCAUUCUCAGUGUGUUUUUAUUUCUCGAAAUUUUCAUACUGGGAGAUUCCAAUUACAGGAGGAGCAAAGAAAAAAGGAAGCAGCACAUAUAAAAGCAAUUAAAGAUCAUUCUAAAGAUGAACCCCAACUUGCAACAAAAAAUAUCAUUUGUGAUCCCUCAGAGACCAGCUCCACAACAAAUCGCAGCAGUGUUACAUUAAGCUUAUCAACAUUACCAUCUGAUUCUUAUUACAGCCAAAGUAUAGAAGCAGCUGAUCACUGGUUUUCUGAUGAUUCUCUAGUGAAAAGGAACUCUCCAGUGCCUUCUCUCGGGGAACCUCUAAUGGAAAAAGUAUUUUCAUACCUGUCAACCAUUUCAUUAGAAGAGGGUACUGAAAGUGUACUGAAUGACACUUUGUGAUCAUCAAAAAGAUGACUACAUUAAGGGAAAAUGUUCAUGAAGAAACACAGAGGUUGAAAUAUAAAACCUUCAACAUAA